CAGCAGCAGCAGCAGCAGCAGCAGCAGCAAUAAAUUGCUUACAAACUAACGUAAACAUAUCUAUGCAGAUGUACAUAUGUAUGUAUGAAGCAACCACAUUUUCAACCGGAAAUAGAUAAAUCAACGAGAAAAGCGUGAAAGGCAACAAAACUUUGCGGAGCGAGUGCGGCAGAAAGUUGGUAACGACGCAGUGAGAGAGAAGAAAAAAUUGCCACAAUAAACACCAAAACAUGCACAAUCGAACAACAACAGACUAACCACAACACACAAGAAAAUAGAGAAGCAGAGGUAAUAGUAGAAACACCAGCAGAGCUGGCAGCAGCGGCGACAACAAACAUAAAACCGAACCGAGGAAGCCAACAACGAUAUCGGGGGAUUGUGCGCCACUCAAGGUCGUCUAGGAAAAGGGUGGGUGCAUGUGUGUGUGUGUGUGUGAGUAUGUGCGCCCCUAAGCGACAGAGAUAGAGAGCAACAGAGAGCAUAGUACAAUAAAGAAAGAAUAAACAAUAAAAAAAACCAAUGUUGCAACUGCAACAACAAUAGCAAAAGAUAAACAAGUUUUCGCCAAUUAGUUCAUUGCAAGAGAGAGCACAGCAAGCACAACAAGCACAACAAGACAGAGAAGAGGAAGAGAGCGCGUGUGCAGCAAACGAACAAGUUGAUACAACACAUGCCUCCAACCAAUGCACUAAAAGGCAAACACAAACUGUUGGAACGAACAUAGAAAGUCGCAAACGAACAAUUUUCCGAAGCCUCAAUGAAGAAGGCAGCAAAGAAAAUUUGGCGCCCAAUGAAGUAAAGUGUUGCAGCGCAACUGAACCACCAGCAGCACGCGCAUCGGCCAUAACAACCGACACAUCAACGGAAAUCAACAGUCAGCGCCAUCAGCAGCAGCAGCAAACAGGGUCUCAACGGCAGCUCGUGUGAAUUUCUGAAUUCAGUUCGAAACGGACUUUCGGCGCGAAUGCAAGUCAGGUAAAUUUCAAUGCUCGGCGCUUGACUUUAAAAGUAAACAAGUAGGUUGUUGAUAAAUGAGAAGCCAGUGAUAGUGCCAAAAACCGGUCAUUUAAUUGUGUGUGAUAAAAGAUAAGAUACAGUUUUUCAAAAAACCAACAACAGCAACACUUAAUAAUUAAGGACUGUGUGUUUUUGAAUUUUAAAUCGUUGUUGUAGAAUACGUGAAAGUGCAGUUCCUCAACCUGAAGAAUAUUUUAACAUCUUUCGUGGCUUUGGAUCAAAGGUCAGCUUUGACAGUGGAUUCCUCUUGCCCCAAAAGAAAAAAAUGCGAUAUGGACCGCGAACGCGAAAGAGAUACAAAAUCCCUCGAACCGCGCGACCUUUCAUCGACGGGGCGCAUUUUCGCCAGAGGCGAUAUUAAAAUAAGCGCUUCACCCACUGUUUCACCAACGAUCUCGAAUUCCUCAUCGCCAACGCCCACCCCGCCAGCUAGUUCAUCGGUGCCGCCAAUCGGUUUGCCGUCCAGCGUGGGCGGCGGCUCUUCCAGCGCACCAGGUAGCACUUCGGCUGCCAGCGCUAGUUCCUAUUUGCAUGCCAAUCACAAGCCCAUCACCGGCAUACCAUGCGUGGCGGCUGCCUCGCGUUAUACUGCGCCCGUACAUAUUGAUGUGGGCGGCACUAUUUAUACCAGCUCAUUGGAAACGCUUACCAAAUAUCCGGAUUCAAAGUUGGCGAAACUCUUUAACGGCACCAUACCGAUUGUGUUGGACUCGUUGAAGCAGCACUAUUUUAUUGAUCGCGAUGGCGGCAUGUUCCGGCACGUGUUGAAUUUUAUGAGAAACUCAAGACUUUUGAUUGCCGAUGAUUUUCCCGAUCUCGAGUUGCUGCUUGAGGAGGCGCGCUACUUCGAAGUGGAGCCUAUGAUCAAGCAAUUGGAGAGCAUGCGCAAAGAUCGCGUACGUAACGGCAAUUAUUUAGUGGCGCCCCCAACACCACCGGCUCGCAUCAAAAGCAGUCCGCGCACCAACUCCUCGCCCGAAUAUAAUUAUGAAGUCGUUGCAUUGCAUAUAUCACCCGAUCUGGGCGAACGGAUUAUGCUCUCCGCUGAGCGCUCACUACUCGACGAAGUCUUUCCUGAGGCCAAUCAGGCCACGCAGACGAGCCGCAGUGGAGUGUCGUGGAAUCAGGGUGAUUGGCGGCAAAUUAUACGCUUUCCCUUGAACGGCUACUGCAAAUUGAAUUCGGUGCAGGUACUGACACGCCUGCUCAAUGCCGGCUUCACCAUCGAGGCGAGCACUGGCGGCGGCGUUGAGGGGCAACAGUUCUCCGAGUAUCUACUGGUGCGUCGGAUUCCAAUGUGAUAGUCCUGUGGUUGGCAAUUUAUUUACGUUAAAGUAAUUGUUUAAAUUAUAAGGAAUUUUUAGCGACAUAAAUAAUUGAAAAAUUUAAUAUUCAGAGUAAAACAAAGAAUUUUUAACGAAUAAUAUGUAUGAGUAGUAUGGCAAUGAAAGUAAAUAUGUACGAAAUAAAUAUACUAAAUUAAAAAAGACAUGCAUACAAACGUGUAUGUAUGUGAGAGAUUCUUAAAUGCGCCGAUGACCUUUGGUUGGCAGUCAGCAGGCAAAGCGCUAAGCAUUUUUAAUUAGCUCGUAGUCCAUAUACAAUACACACAUACUUACGUACAUAUUUAUAUAUAUAUAUAUGUAACUAAAUUAAUUGAUUAGUGUUUUAAGCUCUUAGAGUAAAUACCAAAUUAAUUUCUGUUUUAAUUAUUGUUCUAUUUUAAUUUAAAAUGAGUUAAGUUUAUAUGAAUAUGUUGGACGCAGUGAUUUGCUUGGCGAAUUGAUUUAUUGUACAAUUGUUAGCUUAAAAAAAAAUAAAAAAAAAUGAGAUAUUGU